AUGGGCUUUUAUCAAAUUUCCCUCGAAGUGACUUCCUCACAUUUCGCUCUAUCUCCCAUGGAUAUGAGGAGACUCUCCCGCGGAAGCUACGUACUAAAGCGCCACUACCUGCAACAGAAGCCUCGCCUGGCGGGUAACUCCGAAGAAGCUUCCUCUGAUCGGCAUGGUUAUCCGAGGCUAAAGAGGAAAUUGGAAAAAGCUUUUACGUUUAUGGAUGAAAUGGCUAAGAGAGGACUUAAGCCUAACAAUCAUACUUACAGCAUAUUGAUCCGUGGGAUGUUUGAUUUGAAUAAAGUCGAGGAGGUUAUACAGCUUUUCUUGGAAACGGAACGAGCAGAAGAGGGUCAGAAACUGUUUGAUGAGAUGAUGAGCAAGAACGCGCAGCCAAAUAGUGUUGUUUAUAAUCAUCUAAUCAGAGCAUAUUGUAGAAGUGGGAGGCUAUCAAUGGCCUUUCAUCUCAGCGAAGAUAUGAAAAUCAAAGGAAUCUCACCUAGUUGUGCUACAUAUACUUCACUAAUAAAGGGGUUGUCAGUAGUUAGCCUUGUUGAGGAAGCGAAACUCCUCCUCGAGGAGAUGAAGGAGGAGGGUUUGGAACCGAAUGUUUUUCAUUAUACAGCACUUAUUGAUGGGUAUGCAUUCAAAGAGAGCAUAGUCACAAGCAAACAUUAA